GGGCUCACUUGUCCAAAACUUGUGCAGGAAGCUUUGAAUCCAACAGUAGAGGAGAUCAUGUUUGAAACUGUGCCACCUUCUGCAACACCGGAGUGCCAAGUUCUGAAGUUUAAAUGUUUAGAUCCAUUGAUAACUAGAGGGCAGUUCAAGCUUAUAUCACAAGCCUAUGAGGUUUUAUCAGAUCCUAAGAAGCGAGAUCUCUAUGACCAAGGUGGUGAACAAGCCAUUAAGGAAGGAGGAGUAGGGGGUGGUGGUUUCUCCUCGCCCAUGGACAUCUUCGACAUGUUCUUUGGUGGUGGUGGCAGAAUGCAAAGGGAGAAAAGAGGCAAGGAUGUCGUUCACCAGUUGGCUGUUUCACUUGAAGAUCUUUACAAUGGAGCCACAAGGAAGCUGGCAUUGAAGAAAAAUGUAAUUUGUGAUAAAUGUGAUGGUGAGUAUACAAUUUUAUUUUGUGAAGUUAUAAAAGUUGGAAGCCUUAAAUGUGUUCGUAAUGAAGGUAUGCCUAUUUACAGAGAUCCAUUUGAGAAAGGACUGCUGAUCAUUCAGUUCUCGGUGAAGUUCCCACCAUAUGGCUGGAUUCCACCACAAGACUUGGCAAUAUUGGAGGAUUUGCUUCCACCACGUCAAGAGUUAAUGAUCACUGACGACAUGGAACCUGUGGAGUUAACAGAAUGUGUCUCAGAAGAGCAACACAGAGGUUAUAGUGGGGAAGUGUAUGAGGAAGAUCAAAGGCCUAGAGGCGGUGUGCAGUGUCAAACAUCCUAAACAAUGGGUGACUAGUGUUUUUAAAAAAAAAACUCUGUAAUGCAACAAAGCUAUUUUAAUAUUAAAAAGCAUUGUAUUGGUUAUUCACAAAAAGACUGCAUUAUUUCUUAUCGGACAUCUACUGAACGUAUGAGCCUUUCUUUUCCCUUGAUUUGGUGGACAAUGCAGACUUCACUUUUGUUUUGUUACUUAGUUAUUUAUGUACUGACACACUGUGUACUAGUCUUCCUUGUCAUUUGUCUGGUGUUUAAUGUGAUAAAAUAUCUAAAUUGUCUACAUGUACUUCUAUUAUCAUAUCUGGUAGUGCUUAGAAGUGAGCAACAUUGUUUUUCUGGUCUUCUGAUAUUAAACAAACUUAAA